AUGCCUCCCAGAUUAGAGGCUCUGCAGCGCUUGGGCACUGCCAGUCUGUGUCUACGGCCCGCCGCUCGACCUGCGAUCCCCCAGUUUCUCCCCAUCACGCAAACCGCCAACCUCUCUCUACGCGAGCGCAAACGAAAGGCGAAGCAGGAUCCUUACAAGUACGCACAGGCUCAGCAACGGAAGAAUGUCAACUUGAAGAGACGAGGCGAGCUCGAGGCCGAGCGUAAUGCCGGCUGGGGUGAUGCCGUCUGGGGCAAAGAUACUCCUUUCAUCAAGUCUCUCGCCGCUACCAACAAGGAAUUCGUUGCACAGGGUGGCUUGGAUGCUUCCAAACCAGUAGAAGCACAGAAUAGACUUCGCAACUUCUUCCUCACUGAUGCGGAGCUGGAGCGUGCCGGCGAGCGCGCAUUCGCCUUGUCGAAGCCUGUGUCGGGCGUCGUCGAUUGGCAGAUGGACCCGGCUCAAAAGGAGAAGGAAUUGGAUACAUUACAUCAGGAGAAGCACGACAGAGCCAUGGAGGCCUUGAAGCGCAUCACCUCGCUGCGCAACAGCAGCGCCAAGGACCGAUAUCACGUCAACGUCCGUCGCAUUAUCGAGGAAUUCGGCCGCCACAAGACCGACGGCGUCCUCGCACCCAAGCCAGACUCAAUAAACCCUAGCACAGCUGCCGAAGUACCGCGAGGCGGUCCUGAUACCGGUAGCUCCGAGGUCCAAAUCGGCAUUCUCACUGCCAAGAUUAGAAACCUUGCCGGCGUCCUCGAGCUGAACAGAGGCCACAAGGACAAGCACAACAAGCGCAACCUUCGCGUGCUGGUGCACAAGCGCCAAAGAUUAUUAAAAUAUAUGGAGCGCAAGGAGCGCGGAAGCGAGCGAUGGACAAACAUGAUUGAGAAGCUGGGUUUGACGCCAGCCACAUGGAAGGGACAAAUUUCCAUGUAA